AUGGAAAGCCUGGAGCAGGUAGCACGUCGUGCUGAGCGAAGAAUCCCCCAGCUCACAUUCUUUCGCCGCCGCAUACGGCUCACUAGCGAUCCAAGAGCCUCAAUUCCCCUGGGUGCUGUGUUGGCAUUUCCGUGCAUCGUGCUAGUCUUCAUUAUCUUCCUCUUUACGCGAUCGCCGGACUCGCAGGGUUUGAUGAGGAUGCCCGCUGGAACUCCACCCUCUAUCAGGAAGAUCAGCGACAAAUAUGACAAACCUUUUGCAGUUGGCUGCCUCGAGCCUCAGGUCAACGGACCCCGUGCAAAUGCCGCUUUCGUGGUGCUGGCUAGAAAUUCGGAGUUGGAUGGUGUCAUACAAUCAAUCAAGUCGAUCGAGAGGCACUUCAACCGCUGGUUUCACUAUCCGUAUGUGUUUUUGAACGACGGCGAUUUCAAUCAGACCUUCAUAGAUACAGUGGAAAACUACACAAGCGCAGCGGUAGAAUGGGGAAAGAUUACACCCGACAUGUGGGGAUUUCCAGACUGGGUUGACCCUGCCGUUGCGAAGGAAGGCAUUCGCAAACAGGGCGAUGCUGCCAUCAUGUAUGGCGGAAUGGAGAGUUAUCACCACAUGUGCCGGUUCUACUCUGGUUUCUUUUACAAGCACGAGCUGCUCCAGAAGUACGAAUGGUACUGGCGCUUGGAGCCCGAUAUCAAAUAUUUCUGCGACAUUACCUACGAUCCCUUUAUUCACAUGAAGCGGCACAAGAAGACGUACGGUUUUACCAUUGCGGUCAAGGAAUUGCGGGAGACUGUACCCAACAUCUUCCGCUACGCCUCGGCCUACAAGAGAAUGAACAACAUGACGUCCAAGGGUUUAUGGGAGAUGUUUGUGGAGAAACCGAAAGAAAGUCAAGAGACGGAGUUGCCCAAGCUCGAUGUAAAGCACAAGCAAAAGCCUCUUCCCGAAGGAGUGUUGGACUCGGAUCCUGGUUUCCGACCGCCGCCUGAAAUCGACGCGCAGGCCAUGGAAGGCGAGAGCUACAACAUGUGCCAUUUCUGGAGCAACUUUGAGAUUGCGAGGUUGGACUGGUUCCGGAGCAAGGAAUACCAGGAUUUCUUCGAGAUGAUGGAUCGCAGCGGAGGGUUCUGGAUGGAGAGAUGGGGCGACGCCCCGAUCCACUCGCUCGCGGCUGGGGCUUUGCUGGGUCCGGAGGACAUACAUUACUUUCGAGAUCUUGGGUAUCGGCACACGACGAUCCAGCAUUGUCCCGCCAAUGCUCCGGCACGGCAGCUGCCUGUCAUCCCAUACAAGGAGAAGGGUACGCUGGACAAGAAGCAGCGAGCCGAGGAAGAGGAGUACUGGCGCACGCCGGAUGCGCCCAAGGAGAACGGGGUGGGCUGCCGGUGCAAAUGCGAUACGGACAUUGUGGACGUGGAAGGUAAGGAGGGGUCGUGUUUGGCAGAGUGGGUGGAUGUGGCAGGGGGUUGGGCUUCGCCCGGGUCGAUAUGA